AUUACAUUUUUGAAAGGAAACUACCAUAGAAUUUGAAAAAAGAGCCCUCAUAUACAACGCAAAAACAUGCAUUAAUUCACACUAUAUUUUUAUCCUAAACAUAAAGGAGGAUAAAAUUAACUCAGCUAGAAUUUGAUCAUCAAUUUUAAAAAUUAUUUUCAAAUAUGUGUUCGAUUUAAAUUUAGACUUCAAAAUUUAUGGCCAAAUAACAACUUAGAGUUGGAAUAAUUAACACAUUUUUUUCUAAAGAACUCCAAAUUACACCUUUUUCCCUCACCGGAAAUCUCUCACCGUCGCCGGCAAAUGUCCGUCGCCUCUUUUUCCGGCAACUUACAUUUAAGCUUUAACGUAAGCUUUGUAAGUUCUUUAUUAUAUGAAAAAAGGCCCGUGUCGUAUGGUAUACUUAUUUGCCAUGAAAGGGCAAAAACGUUAUGAUUACUUGUUUGAGUUUUCUCCGAAGAUGCAUUGUUGAGUAUAAAGUGAAAUUUACAGUUUAUUCAAUGACAUUAGUAAUUGAUGGCCUAUGUAAAAUGGGAGAAUUUUGUAAAGCAAAAAAAUUCAAUGAAAAUAUCUCUAAACCAAACGAUUUGACUUACAAGAAAAUAUUAAAUGUAUACAUGAAGAAGGAAAAACCAGAUUUUGUUAUUGUGUAGGAGAUUUUGAGAACAAUGGAGAAAGAAGGAUGGGGUUUCGACUUUAAAAGUUAUACACAGCUGAUUAAAUGGUAUUCAACUUUUGGUGAAAUUGAGGAGAUGAAAAGUUUAUUUAUGGAAAUUGAAGAGAAGGGAAUAAAGCCAGAUGUUUAUUUAUAUACGUGUAUGGUUAGUGGGUAUUGUAAAAUGGGUGAUUUAGUUAAGGCAUGUAAGGUGUUCGAUGAAAUGUCCGAGAGAGGACUUGUUCCUGAUGGGUAUAUAUAUGGUGCUUUGAUUAAUGGGUUGUGUAAGAGUGGACAGAUGGAAGCAGCUGAAGUUCGGUUUAAUGAGAUGCGAAGUAAGGGGGUUUGGGUUAAUCGAUGUGUGUUUAACGCGAUGAUGGAUGGUUAUUGUAAGCUGGGUAAUGUGGAGGAAGCAUUGAGGGUGGAGGGAGUUAUGGAGGGUGAAGGAUAUGAGCCUGAUGCAAAUGCUUAUAAUGUUACUGGUACAGGUUUACGUAAGUUAGAUAAGCAUGAUAAGGCGAAGAGGUUGUUGUUGUUGAUGGUGGAUCGAGGUGUAGUUCCGAAUGUGUUGGCUUAUACGACUUUGAUCGAUAUUUAUUGCAAGCAAGGAGAUUUUGUUGAAGCAAAGAUGAUAUUUAGUGAGAUGGAAAGUGAAGGAAUUAAGCCUUACACGGGAACGUACGAUACCCUUAUAGAUGGUUAUUUCAAGCAUGGAAAUUUUAUUGACGCGAAAAGGGCGUUUAGAGAGAUGGAAACUAAAGGAGUUAAACCUAGCACGAAAACAUACACUGUGUUGAUAGAUGGUUAUUGCAAGCAAGGAGAUUUUGUUAAAGCUAAAAAGACACUUUUUGAGAUGGAAAGUAACGGUGUUAAGCCUAACACCAAUACAUACACUGUAUUGAUAGAUGGUUAUUGCAAGAAAGGUAUGAUGAGUGAAGCUUAUAAGCUUAUAAUGGUCAUGGAAUCUAAGGACUUGAUACUCAACGUCUAUACAUACACCUCGCUUGUACACGGGGAAUGCAAAUUAGGAAAGGUAGAUAAUGCUCUGAAGCUUUUUAACGAGAUGCCUACAAAGGGUUUAGUUCCGAAUGUUGUGACUUACACAGUGGUGAUUUCUGGCUUAUCACAAGAAGGCAGAUUAGAUGAAGCCCUCAGAUUAUACAAUCAGAUGAUAGAGGCAGGCGUAAUACCCGAUGCUGCUGCAUACUCUGCACUUAGUUUUUUGGUGGCACAACUGGAGUGGCAAAGGUGAUCUAGCCAAUGAUUACCC